AUGAAUUACUCAAAACUAAGUAACAGUUAAAAUGAAUAAUUGCAAUAAUAAAUCUAAGAGCCUUAAGGUAAUGAUCAACAGAUUCAAUUCUAAACAGAUCCUGAAAAAGUCUUAUAAAUCAGCUCACUCUAGGCAGAAUGUGUGAAUCUUAAGAAACAAAUAUAGGAUGUUGAAUAGUAGAGAAAGGAUGAUCUAAAAUCUUUUGAGAAAAUGCUUGGAGAAGGAGUCAAUGAAACUUAAGUUAUUGGUUUGACUUCUGAUAAAUAGUAACUCUAAUCUGAUUUAAGACAAUUACAAAAUAAAUGUGAUCAAUUGUAGUAAGAGCAAAUCGCAUUGUAGAAUUAAUUACUUUAGAAGAACAAAUAAAUUGUGGAUUUACAAGAUGAAACCAAACAAAGCGAGAGGGAAGCACAAAUUCGAGGAAAGGAUAUCGAAAUUAAACUCUUGGAACAACAAAACUUAUAAUAAUAGAACUUAACUCCUGGAGGAUAAAAGGAGAAGAUAUUACAAUAAACCAAAGAAAUACAUGAUUAAGAAGAAGUGAUUAAUGAACUUCAACAGAAGGUGGAAACUGAGGUGCCACAACUUUUAAGGGUCAAUUAAGUGAAGGCUUAGGAGAAAUUGAAAAGAUGCACAAAAGGAUGCAGAAUUGUGGAAUAAAAAAAGUAUCAUGAAUUGCUAGAGAGCAAAUAAACUUAAGUUCAGAACAUUCUUGCUCCAGAAGAGAUUGAAAAAUUAAGCUCUGAAGAAGCCAAGAACGCUCUAACAUAAUUGAACAAGUAAUAUUCAGAUAAAGCUCAAGAGAAUAAAGAAUUAGAGAUGGUUGUUUAACACCUUCGAUAAGAUUUGGAUUCUUCACAAGAGAAAGUAUAACAGCAAGCUAAAGAAGCACAAUAAGAAAAAUCUGUACUUGAGUAAUAAACUUAACUCCUUAAUAACUAACUCAAAGAUUUAGUGGCCAAGGAGGAAGUUCAAAGACAAGAAAUCUUGGAUUUGAAAAAUAAAUUGGAUUAAGAGAAUGCUGACUUUUGGAAGAAGUAAUAUUAGUAAUUGUCAGAAAAGCAACCUGAAAUUAGUUCAACAUAGGCAGGAGAUUUACAAGAACAACAAGUAUCUUAACAAGAAAGAGAAGUAAAACCUAAGGAAAUUUUGAAUGAAGAAGUUGAAUUACUUAAAAUUAAAUUAGAGAAAUUAAAUGAUAUGUAAAAAGAAAAUGAAGAAUUGAAAGCAUAACAGAUAUUAAUUUAAGAUGAAUUACUCAAAACUAAGUAACAGUUAAAUGAAUAAUUGCAAUAAUAAAUCUAAAAGCCUUAAGGUAAUGAUCAACAGAUUCAAUUCUAAACAGAUCCUGAAAAAGUCUUAUAAAUCAGCUCACUCUAGGCAGAAUGUGUGAAUCUUAAGAAACAAAUAUAGGAUGUUGAAUAGUAGAGAAAGGAUGAUCUAAAAUCUUUUGAGAAAAUGCUUGGAGAAGGAGUCAAUGAAACUUAAGUUAUUGGUUCUGAUCUUCGUGAUAAAUAGUAACUCUAAUCUGAUUUAAGACAAUUACAAAAUAAAUGUGAUCAAUUGUAGUAAGAACAAAUCGCAUUGUAGAAUUAAUUACUUUAGAAGAACAAAUAAAUUGUGGAUUUACAAGAUGAAACCAAACAAAGCGAGAAGGAAGAACAAAUUCGAGGAAAGGAUAACGAAAUUAAACUCUUGGAACAACAAGUACAAACAGCUAAAGAUCAAUAUUAGGAGCUUUUAGACUUAUAAUAAUAGAACUUAACUCCUGGAGGAUAAAAGGAGAAGAUAUUACAAUAAACCAAAGAAAUACAUGAUUAAGAAGAAGUGAUUAAUGAACUUCAACAGAAGGUGGAAACUGAGGUGCCACAACUUUAAGGUCAAUUAAGUGAAGCUUAGGAGAAAUUGAAAGAUGCACAAAAGGAUGCAGAAUUGUGGAAUAAAAAGUAUCAUGAAUUGCUAGAGAGCAAAUAAACUUAAGUUCAGAACAUUCUUGCUCCAGAAGAGAUUGAAAAAUUAAGCUCUGAAGAAGCCAAGAACGCUCUAACAUAAUUGAACAAGUAAUAUUCAGAUAAAGCUCAAGAGAAUAAAGAAUUAGAGAUGGUUGUUUAACACCUUCGAUAAGAUUUGGAUUCUUCACAAGAGAAAGUAUAACAGCAAGCUAAAGAAGCACAAUAAGAAAAAUCUGUACUUGAGUAAUAAACUUAACUCCUUAAUAACUAACUCAAAGAUUUAGUGGCCAAGGAGGAAGUUCAAAGACAAGAAAUCUUGGAUUUGAAAAAUAAAUUGGAUUAAGAGAAUGCUGACUUUUGGAAGAACAACCCUGAAAUUAGUUCAACAUAGGCAGGAGAUUUACAAGAACAACAAGUAUCUUAACCAAGAAAGAGAAGUAAAACCUAAGGAAAUUUUUGA